AUGGUUGUUUCUAACGACGAUCUGUUUAGGCGAUCGACCCAAUUCCGGUUCUGGUCGUUUACGCGGUUGCAACUUGAGGAGCUUCGCGUGGUGGCCAACAAGAAAGGAAUCGAGAAAACAGAAGAGCGUAUCAAUCAAUUGGACGAUUCUUUGCCAGAGACAAAAAUAGUGAAGGAUCAUCGAGAUCAGUUCCAAUAUGUGCAUUUAGACGAGGAAAAGAAGCUCGUUAGUUACUACGCCCGCAGAUGCAAAGAACUGGCGUCUUUUUUCCAUCUUUCCGCCCAGUCCAGAUCAACCGCAAUCAUGUAUCUGUACAAGUUUUAUUUAUACCAUUCGGUGAUGGAGUAUCAUCCGGGGAAUAUCAUGUUGACGUGUUUGUUUCUGGCGGCCAAGGUGGAGAACCAGUUUAUUGGCAUCAACUCGUUCAGUAAGAACAUCCCGAAAACCACUCCCGAAGGCAUAUUGAAGAACGAGUAUUUGAUCCUGGAGACCAUGAAAUUCUCGUUGCAAUGCCACCAUCCGUUCCAGCCGCUUUAUGGGUUCUUUUUGGACAUCCAGCAGAUGCUGCCCAAGUUAGAUUUCAAUAGACUGGGCAAGAACUACGACGGAGCCAGAGAGUUGGUGAAUGACAGUUUAUUUUCAGAUCUUCCAUUUUUGUACACCCCGCCACAGAUCGCGCUGACUUGUUUAUGGGUGUGCGACGAUGUUCUGGUUGAAAAGUAUCUGUCCAAGAAGUUCAAGGUGAAUCGCAAAGACGAGCCCGACGACGAGCAAGGGUUGCAACACUACAACAAAAUCCUUGUCAUAAUACGACAGUGUGCAGAUAUUCUUCGCAAAGAAGUACAGGACCCGUCGCAAGACGAAAGCAAAACGAUCUCGGCGAAAAUCAAACUGUGUCUCGAACCAGCACGGUUCGGCAAAAAGAUCCUCAAACAAACUACAGAACAGCUGAAAAGACCCGCCAGUAUCGACGAAUCUCCAGAUACCAAAAGAGUUAAGGUGGAAUCAGAAUGA